AUGAGUGUAGGGAAUGUGCCGUAUGAGAGUGUGAAAGCCAGGAUUGUGGAACAGGCGAAGAAGAGGAUAAGAGUAGUGUUAGAUAUAGGAGAAAACCAUGGUUUUGAUGAGCUUAAUUUAUAUUCAUCUUUGCAGGAAAACCAGACAUGUAUUGGGUUGGGGUCAUCCAGUACAAAUAAAAAUGGCAAGGUCAAGACACCUCGAAGAAUCCUCCAUUUUUCAGAUGGUACUCUUGAGGAAUACAGCACAGAUGAAGAGGAGGAAAAGGAAAAACCAGAACCAGAUCCAAUGAGCCUAGUGGAUCCAAAGUCUCUAACUUGGGGCCCAUGGAUGUAUUAUUGGAUGCUAUAUAGCGGUAGUUCUGCUCUUGCAGCAUGUGAUUACGUAGGAGAGAGCUUGGCCAAUUUCUUAGGCAUAACAUCACCCAAGUACCAGUAUGAGAUUGACGAAUAUCACCGUUCUGUUGAGGAGGAGAAGGCCGCAAAGGAAGAGGAAGAUGCCGAAAUGGCAGGGUGGAAAUCCCCGAGCCCUUUGUCUGAUUCAGAUCAGGUUGUGCCAACAGCCUCAGCGGUCGAACAUCCGCCCUCUCCAUCUCAUAGCUUGAGACAGAAUCUUGAGGAGAGUUCAACUACACCGGAUGUCCGUGCUUCUGAUGUUUCAGUACCAUCUGUUGUCAUAACACCGGACACCAACGAACCUGCGGAAAUGUCAGAUUCAACAGAACAAAAUGGUUCAGGAAAUUCAACAGACUGGAAAAGAUAUUAAGUUGGUUUAGAAUGAGAAAGUAUCUGGCUUUAAUAUAGAUGACAAAUUUCUACAGAAAUACUAUGUGAUAUAUAUUAUAAUGUGAAAUGCUAACUGGAGGAAAAAAUCUUUUAUGGAAUUUUUGGUUUUUCUUGAAAGUUCUUUCUAAAGCAGUACUGUUUUCCGAUUUCCAAGUAUAUAAUUGGUAAUUACUAAGAAAAUCCAUUAUAUUUACUUUUAAUGAAGCGUAAAUCCUUCUGGGAUGUGGGCUUUCAACAUUAAGAGAAUUUUUUAUUGACUUGUUUAGUCUUUAGUAUGGUAAUGUUUAUAGCUAUUCUAAGUGAUGGAUUUAUUGAAUUAGGUUUAUUUUAUAUAUUAGCAUGUUUUUAUUACCUAAACUUAUUGUAGUUUUUAAGACUUUCCAAAUGAUUGCACUUAACAUGCAAUGUUAGCAAAGUGAGAAUAAGCAAACCCCUGUAGUACUAUUACUUGCACUUUACUUUUUUGGAGUUUUUCCAUUGUAUGCUUUAUCUCGCAUCAAUUCAUCAGUUUGAUAAAGGCACAUUUUAAGAAUAUUUUUGAAGGUAUUGACUAUACUAUCUUUUUGAGAUUUUGAACUUCAUACAACUUCAAAUACAUUUUGUAUGCCAUUACUGUAGAAUUCAAUUACAGCAUCUGCUCUGCAUCUCAAGUCAAAUUCUAUGUUUUGUGUUGUGUGCAUCCACAGGAGGUAUGGAACAUGAAGAGCGAAAACUUUUUCGUCGGCAAUAAGAUCAAAUGUUUACUCAACCUAUCCACAAAACUAUUACCAGUUUAUCAUUUCACACAGAACAGGCACGGUCGUGAGAUUCUGCCUCAAGUAGUUGAGUAUAUUUAGACACCUGCUAUGCAAGUACAAAACCUUAAGAGAAUGUGCAAAUAGAAAAUCAAAAUUGUUUUUCAAAAGUCCACUAUACUUCAGAAGUGUUUGUAGGGAAUGAUAGUUACUAAACAAGACCCUUUGAAGGCAAAAACAUUGCUAUACUUUUCCAUACUUGGAAUCAAAAUUUCAUUCUGGAUAGUCAUUUUUUGUCCAACUCCAUAUAGAUGGUGUUACCAACUCCAUGUACGUAGAUGGUGUUCCUUUCAUUAUGUGGCAACAUAUGUUUUACUGUGGUCUCUUCCAAAAAGUGAGGCUGUAACGUUUUUCCUGAAUCAAACAGGUUUAUUGCCAACAAGCACCAAAAUAAUGAGCGAAGAUUAGAAUGAUUUCAGUUCAUAAGUUGGCUGCCAGAUUUGAAAAGUUGAAUUUUGGUUUGUCUCUCAACUAAAAAGUCGAGUCAUGUUACUCUGAUAACACCCACAUUAUUUUCCAAUGCCCACUCUCUUGAUAACAUUGAAUCUGAUUUGCAACUCCAUUGUAAUGUUUCCCAUAUCUCAUAAUGAUCACUGUAUGGUUGCAUAAAUAUAUGUGAUAAUUUAUGAUUUUGGUUAUUGCAAGAGCAGUAAGUUAGUUUGUACAGUAUGUAAUGAAAAAAUAAAAAUACCGUUGUUAUUUACGAGGGUAUUUCUGUAAAUUUGGUGAAAGCGAGGAACGGAAUUUUACUGGAUUUUGAAAGACAAGGUAUUUCCAAGGACAUUUUACCUUACAGUUAUAAAGAGCGAUCAGAAUGAGACCAUUAACUCUGUUUUACUUAAUGGCAGAAACAGCAGUUAUAAAAAAAUUUGUCUUGGAUACUAAUUAGAAAAUUUACUUCAGCUAAAGUAAUGGGAAAGUGAGUAAACCUGCUUUGCAUACCAUUUGCACGGUAAUCAUUUGUUACACUCAAUGAUGCAUUGCUAUUUCACUACUGUUUCCAGUUUCCUGGUAAGUGAGGCUGUUUCUGGGAUAAAAUGUAAAUGUUAGGUUUUGAAUCCAUUUUGCAUGAGGUUCUGGAAGACUGGAAUCAUUUGUUCCUACAAAAUACACGUUAUGCAGUUGUAUUGGGUAUAGGUAUUCCUGUUACAGGUUGGAAAGUGAUAUUUAUCAGAGAAUAGGUAAGAUUUCUCAGGAUCCAGAGUGUACUAUAGUGAUUACUUAUAUGAAGCCAAGUCACAUACUUCUUAUGAAGUCUAUUGGCUGUGUUACGUAGGUGCUAAAUAAGGCAAAUUAUUCCACAAGACUGCAUUGUUACUGUUGUCACCAUAUUUUGCACAAUUUAAAAUGUGUGAUAGCAGCACAGAAAAUGCUAUAUUUUACAGAUUUAUAUUUGAUUUGUUAUUUAAUGGUAUUUAUGUGGUUUACCAAAGAUUAUUUUGUGAGUACUGAUUCCUAGUAAUAAACUUUUAACAAGC